UUUAGAUUUACUAAAAUUUUGCUGUCUUAUUGUGAUUAUCUCAAAUCCAAUGUAAACAAAUCUUAAGAACUUAUUCACACUGUAAUAUCGUUGAAUUCAAUGAAAGAAGUAAUUUUGUAACAUAAUGAAAAUUAAAAAAAAUAUUUUUUUAACUUUUAGUUCCCUUUUAUUUCUGUGUUUAAUUUCUUUUUAUAAUAUAGUACAGGCAUCUGAAGAAGAUUUGGAAGAUUUCUUUCAAACUGGCCAUACAAAUAACUGGGCAGUUCUAGUAUGUACUUCUCGAUUUUGGUUCAAUUACCGGCAUGUUUCCAACGUACUUUCAAUUUACAGAAGUGUGAAGAGACUUGGUAUUCCAGAUAGCCGAAUAAUUUUAAUGCUGGCGGAUGACAUGGCUUGCAAUCCUCGUAAUCCCAAAGCUGCAACAGUUUAUAAUAAUGCUCAUCAUCAUAUUAAUGUAUACGGUGAUGACGUUGAAGUAGAUUAUAGAGGAUAUGAGGUAACUGUUGAGAAUUUUAUACGAAUUUUAACUGGAAGAUUAUCUCCUAGUACUCCCAGGUCCAAACGCUUGCUUUCUGACGAACAUAGCAAUAUUUUGAUUUAUAUGACAGGUCAUGGAGGUGAAGGUUUUUUGAAGUUUCAAGAUUCUGAAGAAAUCACAAAUGUAGAACUUGCUGAUGCUUUUGAACAAAUGUGGGAAAAGAGGAG